AUGGCGCAGAUGGCAGACCAUGCUCGUCCGCCAUAUCCUCCACCUCCUCAGGAUUACCAUCAUCCAGCUUACGCGCAGCAACACUCCCCUCCUGCUCCUCGCCAAGAUGGUUCGAGGGACGACAAUCGAAGUGCCUACCCACCACCACCAGAUCAUAGGCAAGGACAAUACCCUCCUGCACCAUAUCCACCUCCGCAGCAGUGGGCAGGACAUCCUCAGGGACACCCUUACCCACCCCCACCGCAUCAUUAUGACCCCAACCAGCCGCCUCCUCAAUACCACUAUCCACCACCUCCUGCUCAGCCGAACCAUGGUCCCGCACCACAUGAUCCUUACAGACUUCCCCCUCCUCCUCAUGUACCAUAUCCAUAUUAUGCGCAGCAUUAUCCCCAACAGCCUCCUCAUGCUCCUAGACAACGCACCGCGAUAGCUUGCAAGUACUGCAGAAAGAGAAAGGUCUGCCUCUUCCAUCCCGUCUCCUCGCAAGCCGCCUUCGUCCCAGCUGCGGCGCUUUAUGCUGCCAACGGCCAACGACCUCCCGCGCAAGAUGGUCCAGCACCACAAGGCAAUCAGCCACCAAUGCUGUAUGGAGCGCACGGUCAGCCUCUUGGUCCUGCUGGGCCUAAUGGACAACCUCAGUACAGUCAUCCUCCUUCAAAUAACCAAGCGCCUCCACCUCAAGGUUACGUAGCAGUUCAAUAUCCAGGUUAUGGACCUUCAGCGCCUGGCUAUGGCCACAGUGCUCCUCCGGUCAUGCAAACAUCCCACUACGAUCAGAGCUCUCAGCACCCACCACCCCCACAGACAGCUUCGAGUGAUCGUUCAGAUCGUGGCAGUUUGAAACGUGGACCUCCCGACGAUGAGAGUCGAGAGAAUGGCUCAACUUCACCUCGACCAAGCACAAAGCCUCGUCAUUCAGGAUAUGACAUGCGACCCUAUGACCAUCAAGGUCCCACAUCCCCUGCAGGCUCGACGAUGAGUUAUCAGUCUUACCCACCAAGCUAUGGCAACGGACCCCAACCUGUCAAGGGCAACAAUUCACCUCCUGCCGGACUGACACCAAACUCUGCUCAUAGUUUGAACUCGCCUCAUGCCGCUUCACUGGAGGGCAAAACCCCUCCCCCAAUGCCUGGUUCUGCCGGCUCUUCCCAGAACGGCCGAAGCAACAUGAAAGUUCAUGAAAUGCUCAGCAAUCCAAGUCAUAGCUAUCAAGGUCACGACCAACGCGGCAAGGGAUUUGACAACGAUAUGCUCAACAAGCUCGAUGGCAAGAAAUAG